AUGGGUGAUCCUUUAACAGAAGCACAAACAUCAAUGAUCGAGAGAUGGAUACCUCCGCCAGUCAAUGAAGAGCCACGUUCUCCUGUUGACGCCGACUCGGACAGUGAGACUGAAUUUGCCAGAAGGAUCGAAGAACUAGCGAUCAAGAAUGAAGCGGAUGGGGAUCACGCAAAGGCAGAACAAUUCUACAGAGGUGCCAUCGAGCACGGCGAAUCGAGUUCGAGACCUGUAAGCGAUAUUACUGCUAUGAGGAUACGACUAGCAUAUGCAUGCAUGCGGCAGAAAAAGUGGACAAAAGCAGACGAGGUCAUCACUCCAAUUGCUUUUGAGAGGAAGACAAACGACAUACUAGUGUAUCACGGAAUGCACGCCUUGGCUCUUGCUUAUCUAGAUGACUCCAGACUUGAGGAAGCCGAAAAGUAUUGCAAGCGUGCUCUUUGGGGCAAGAGAAAAGUUCUUGGCAAAGAUCAUUUGAGCUGCUGGGAGACCCUAACUUUGCUUGUGUCCAUCUGCACGGCGAGAAAUAAGACGAUGGAAGCAGAGGUCCAUCGAAGCUUUAUCCCGAACUACGAGAUUAUUGCGAUUGAUCCUGAAGCCUUGACUUAUCUGGACCGUUCAGUUGGGAGCUUGGGCAGGCCAAGUCACGAUAGUGACAUGGUUCCACAAACUCAACAGCCAUUGGCUUUUCAGCAAGAGUAUCCUCACAGCCAACCCUUCACUACGGCAGCUUCUGGCCCCGUUCCAUCUCCAGGUAGUUUCCAGUACCCCAAAACCUUCGGUUCUCAGUACACAAGUCCACCAACACCGAAUAGUCAUCAAGGUAUGGUGCAAUACACGACACAGCACAGGCAAACAAGACCAAACGUAGAGCCACCUUCAAACCCUCAUGUCUCUCGAAAGGCUAUCGGGCGUCCGGACACGAUCUUAUCUACAAUGCAUCGCCCGCAAAGCAUGGGGCCAUACUCUCAACAACAACCAGAGCAAUCGAGAAGAAGCACCAAUCUAUCAUAUAGCCACAAUAACUCCCUAUCUGAAUUCGGACUACUGGAUGCUUUCGAUCCUCACUGGCGUAACCACCUUGGCGAGGGUCUUCGAGCCGGAGGUUGGAACGAUCAUCUUAUCAAAGAGAACCAGCAGCUCAUCAUAGACUUCUUCAAGUUUCAACUACCAAGUGCCAGAACAGCUUCUCUGGCCCUGUCGCUACCACCACCUCCCCAUUUAACAACAGAAUAUCCACUGCCCACGCAAGAUGCCAACAUUUACAAACCCCAAGGUUAUCAAUCCCCCCCACCACUGUCGCCGUAUAACAUGGCACCUGUGCCCACGCCUGAAUCCAGAUAUCAGAUAUUUGUGUCAAUCGACUUCAUGAAGAUAGACUGUGCGAGCACCAGUGUUGCAUACGUAGUCAAUGACUUUAAGAGCCCGAUAUCAGAGCUGCUCAGAGAGUGGCCUGGUGCUGGCUCUUACAGCAAAUCAUCGGUUCCAACUGUUCUUUACUACGAUCAAUACAAUAAGCUAGUCGGUUGGGGCCAUGACAUUGCUAACGCCCUUGGGCCGACUGGAUAUCCGAAGCCAGGCGUCCAGAAGGUUGCAGGUCUACCUCUGUUCUUGAUCCAAGAGACAGAGGAGUCAAUUCCGCUGCCUGGUGUUCCUCCGGGCCUCAACGCUGUGGAUAUCUCAGCCGACUUCCUCUAUGAGGUCAGGCGUACCCUUCGUACCCAAUUACAGCAACGUAUAGGCAGUAAAUUCUUGGAGAACGAGCAGAGGAUCCAUUGGAUUGUUACCACUCCAGAGAUCUGGGCAGAUAAGGACAAAACUUUAUGGAAACGUGUUCUUCAAAGAGCUGGCUAUCUUAGAGACGAAAAUGAUACACGCUUAUCGUUCGUCGGCGAAGCAGAGGCGUCAAUACACCACGCGAUACUGACAUAUUCCCUCACCCAGGAAACCAAAGAUAUAUUUAUCUUUGUGAGCUGUGGGGAAAAGAUAGUACAUAUGUCUGCCUGUAGGCUCCUACAAGCAUCGCCUUUCUUCAUUUCUAGGCUCAUGUCAAAUGAGAACCUGGGACCUACCCUGAUAGCACAAAAGUUUGCCGAAAUAGUGCGGACCAAAAUCGACCGCAUGCGACUUCCAGAUGGCUCCAAAAUAGCUAGAAAAGUCUAUGCAAAGUGUAUCGGUGAUUUUGAGCGACGCAUCAUGAUAGAGUUCAGAAACAAUGGACAAGAAUGGGACAUCGAUGUUGCAAUCGAAACAGAAUUUCCCGAAGCAGGGAUCAAGGAAGGCUAUAUGAGUUACACAAAUGACGAAAUCUUGUCUUGUUUCCAGCCCGUCACCGAUGGCAUUACCGCCAUGAUGGCUUAUACAAUGGGUCAGGUUUUCGAAACUGGCAAUAUUAUUCAGGGAAUUAUACUUGCAGGAGAAUUCUGUACAUCGGAAUACUUGCUACGCGAAAUAAAGUUGAAACUACCUGAAAACCUCCGACAUAAGGUCUGUCCGCCCAUGGAGCCUGCAACACAAGUUGUGACAGGCGCAGCCCAUUUGGAAUUAACUCGCUAUUUGGUUGGCGGUCAACGAUAUGUUCAAUUAUGA